AUGAAUCCGGAGCGUAGACUGCCGAAAACGGACUCGCAGGCCGUCUUAAAUAUUAUCCAGCGCAUAACUCAUGCACGCCAGAAUGAGCGACAGGUGAUAAAACUGGGCAUCAGCGAAUUAUUUGAGAUUCAUUCCGUGCUAUACUUCAUCCAAGACUACAAGCAAAAGCAGAUAAACGCGUUUGCCACUCACGCGUCGCGUUAUUUAGAACUGUACCUGCCGAAUGGCUCGAUAGAGAUUGCUCAGACAACCCGCUACUCGCGCAUUACCGGCAAGAAUGAGCUUUGCAUCCUCGCGACGCGUCCAAUGCCAGCCGGGUUUUUAAUAUCCGAGCUUAAGGGGUCAUUAGCGGAGCUCACGGAUGAUGAAGACAAAGAGCUGAAAAACCCCAGCGGAGGCAUUGACGGUGGACGGCGUGAUUUCAGUGUCAUCCAUUCGAAGCAGCUGAAGAAGAAUCAUUUGUUCCUGGGACCUGCUCGGUUUGUGAACCAUGACUGUGACAAUAACUGCGAACUGUUCAGAGAUGGUCGAUACAUAACUUUCCGCACAAUCAAACCUAUUGCUCUGGGACAGGAACUGACAGCACACUAUGGAGAAGGGUAUUUUGGGAAAAACAAUCGUCAUUGCCUCUGUGAGACAUGUGAGCGGCGUGGAAAAGGUGGA